CUUUCUUACCAGAACUCUCUCGUCCUCUUCUUUCCCUAUAUGACCCCUCUCUCACUCUCACUUCUCUCUGAAAGAAAAAAAGUAUCUCAAAAAACCCCCCUAAUCCCCUAGCCGAUUUAACUCGACGCCGUUCAACAUGGCCGAAGAAGCCAAAGCCAAAGGCAACGCUGCCUUUUCUACCGGCGAUUACACCGCCGCCGUCAAGCACUUCACAAACGCCAUUGCUCUUUCUCCAACUAAUCACGUCCUCUACUCUAACCGAUCGGCGGCUCACGCUUCUCUCCACAACUACGCCGAUGCUCUACAAGACGCUAAGAAAACCGUUGAGUUGAAGCCGGACUGGUCCAAAGGCUACUCUCGGCUCGGCGCCGCUCACCUCGGCUUGCACCAAAUCCAAGACGCUAUCUCUGCCUACAAGAAAGGACUCGAGAUUGAUCCUAACAAUGAAGGAUUAAAAUCUGGCUUGGCUGAUGCUCAAGCAGCUGCCUCCAGAAGCCGUGCAGCGCCACCGCCGAGUCCGUUUGGUGAUGCUUUCUCCGGUCCAGAGAUGUGGGCGAAGUUAACGGCGGAUCCGUCCACGAGAAUGUAUUUGCAGCAGCCCGAUUUUGUUAAGAUGAUGCAAGAAAUUCAGAAAACCCCUAAUAAUCUGAAUCUCUACUUGAAGGAUCAGAGAGUGAUGCAGGCUUUGGGGGUUUUGUUGAAUGUGAAGUUUAGAGAACCGAAUGCAGGGGACGAUAUGGAGAUUCCGGAGGGGACGUCCACUCCGCAGCCGCCUGCGCCGGAGAGGAAGGAGGAGAAGAAGGUGGAGGAGGAGAAGGUGGUGGAACCAGAGCCAAUGGAGGUAACGGAGGAGAAGGAAGCGAAGGAGAGGAAGGCGCAAGCAGUGAAAGAAAAGGAGUUGGGGAAUGCUGCUUAUAAAAAGAAGGAAUUUGAGAAGGCUAUUGAGCAUUAUACGAAGGCAAUGGAGCUUGAUGAUGAGGAUAUUUCGUAUUUGACGAACCGUGCUGCUGUUUAUUUGGAGAUGGGGAAGAAUGCCAAAUGUAUUAAAGAUUGUGACAAAGCUGUUGAAAGGGGUAGAGAGCUUAGAUCAGAUUUUAAGAUGGUAGCAAGAGCAUUGACAAGGAAAGGAACUGCCUUGGCAAAAAUGGCAAGAUGCUCGAAGGACUAUGAACGAGCCAUUGAGACCUUCCAGAAGGCCCUGACAGAGCAUCGCAAUCCUGACACAUUGAAGAAACUAAACGACGCAGAGAAAGCAAAGAAGGAUCUUGAGCAACAAGAAUACUUUGAUCCAAAAUUGGCUGAGGAAGAGCGUGAGAAAGGCAAUGAAUAUUUCAAGCAGCAAAAGUAUCCAGAGGCUGUGAAGCACUACACAGAAUCUUUGAGAAGGAAUCCUAAAGAUCCCAAGGCAUAUAGUAACAGAGCUGCAUGCUACACUAAACUAGGAGCUCUGCCUGAGGGAUUGAAGGAUGCAGAGAAGUGCAUUGAACUUGAUCCAACUUUUUCCAAGGGUUAUACAAGAAAAGGUGCUGUUCAAUUCUUUAUGAAAGAGUAUGAUAAAGCUUUGGAAACUUAUCAGGAGGGUCUGAAACAUGACCCCCAUAACCAGGACUUGCUAGAUGGUGUCAGAAGGUGUGUGGAGCAGCUCAAUAAGGCCAGCCGUGGUGACCUAACCCCUGAGGAACUGAAGGAGAGACAGGCCAAGGCAAUGCAGGACCCAGAAAUUCAAAACAUCCUCUCAGAUCCUGUCAUGAGACAGGUGUUGGUUGACUUCCAAGAGAACCCUAAGGCCGCUCAGGAACACACAAAGAACCCGAUGGUGAUGAGCAAGAUUCAGAAGCUUGUCCAUGCUGGGAUCGUCCAGAUGAGAUAGAUUUUUUAUGAAAAAAAAAACAGUUACAUCAACAUGUACCGUUUUUUGGUUUUGUUUUUACUUUUUAACCAGUGAAUUGUAAUUUCAAAUGUGAAUUUGAGUGGGACAGACGGUAAAAAUUAAGUUGGAAAAGUAGUUUUUGAGA